AUGGAAGACUGGACGAAGGCUGAGUCGGCCAAGGCGGAGGGGAACAAGUUCUUCCAAGAGGGGAAAUAUGCCAAAGCCUUGGCGGCGUAUUCGAUGGCGAUCGAACUUUCGGAAGAUGAUGAUGGCCUAGAUUCUUUGGAUGGGGUUAGCAAAUCCAAGAACCCCAGCGUCCAGAUCUACUACGCCAACCGGGCUUUUUGCCACAUCAAGAUGGAGAACUUUGGCUCCGCCCUGGUGGAUGCCACCAAGGCCAUCGAGGCCAAGGAAGAUUUCCCGAAGGGCUGGUACCGGCGGGGCACUGCCCAAAUGGCGCUGGGACGUCCCAAGGAAGCUUUGCGGGACUUCAUGCAGCUGUGUAAGUUGGCCCCCAAUGACAAGGACGCGCGAGACAAGCUGAAGCAGUGUCAAAAGCAAGUGAACGCUGAGAAGUUUGCGAAGGCCAUUGGCUGUGAAAAGACGAAACCCAUCAGUGAGACCGUGAACGUGGAGCAGAUGCCGGUGGACGCCAGCUACACAGGACCUGUGUACGUCUCUGGCGCUUGCACCAGCGACUUUUGUCAACAGCUCAUGGAGCAUCAGAGGAAGGAGCUCGUGAUCGCCAAGAAGUUUGCCUAUCAAAUCGUUUUGGAUAUGAUUGAAAUGUUGAAGACUUCCAGCACUUUAGUGGACAUCGAGGUCCCAGACAUGGGCGAGGUGACCGUGUGCGGAGAUGUUCAUGGGCAGUUCUAUGAUCUGCUCAAUAUCUUCUCCUUGAACGGAAUUCCCUCCGAACAAAACCCUUAUCUCUUCAACGGCGACUUCGUGGACCGAGGCUCUUUCUCUGUCGAGGUGAUCCUCACGCUCUUUGCGUGGAAGUUGGCGUAUCCGAAUCACCUGCAUUUGGCGAGAGGGAACCAUGAGACCCGGAACAUGAACAAGCUCUAUGGCUUUGAGGGGGAAGUCACCAAGAAGUAUGAUGAAGACCUCUACCAGCUGUUUUGCGAAGCCUUUUGCUUGCUGCCUCUUUGCCAUGUCAUCAACCAGCAGGUCUUCGUGGUGCACGGGGGGCUCUUUUCGAAGGAUGACGUCAGCUUGGAAUCCAUUCGAAAGGUGAACCGGGAUUGUGAGCCACCGGACGAGGGCUUAAUGACCGAGAUGCUCUGGAGUGAUCCUCAACCUGGCCGUGGCCGGGCGCCCUCGAAGAGAGGGGUCGGAGUGGCCUUUGGCCAAGACGUGACUGAAAACUUCUUGAAGGUGAAUAACCUGAAGAUGGUGAUCCGGAGCCACGAGAUGAAAGAGGAGGGCUACGAGAUCGAACACGACGGGAAGCUCGUCACCGUCUUCUCCGCUCCGAACUACUGCGACCAGAUGGGGAACAAGGGCGCCUUCAUCCGAUUGGAUGGCAAGACCAUGACCCCGAAGUACAAGUCCUUCGCCCAUGUGCCCCACCCCAACGUGCGACCCAUGCAGUAUGCCAACCCCAUGUUGGGGCAACUGAUGGGGAUGGCCUGA